AUGCUGUCGUCCUCACUGCGCCGGGCUGCAUGGGCUCCUAUGGGGCCCAUCGCCGGCAUGUCUCGCGCAACCAGCCAAAGUAUUACUACCUCCGCGAACGGCCUCAUCGGCUCGUCACAACAUACGCCUGCGAAGGGAGUGAAUUCUGCAGAGAAACGUGAGGGGAAGGCUUCCAGACGGAGGGGCAAGGAUAGCAACGGCCGCAAUGGCUCCAAGCAGCCGACGGCUUUUUCCCGACUUCCUAGUGUUCCCUCUACCCAACACCUCCAGCCGCAUGACGUUCACGUCGCCUCCUUCUUUUCCAUCCACCGACCCAUCUCCGUUUCCACCACCGUUCCUCCGACCUCGACCCCCGAAGCCUUCGACGCCAUCUUCACCGCAAAGAAGCCGGCUAAGCCUGAGGUGGACGAUGUCAUCUUCACCCUCUCCUCCGCCGUCAACUCCAUGGAGAACUCCGCUGCCCACUCCGGCGAGCAGGAGGGCUCUCUGCAGUACUUCGACAUGGAAGGCAACCAGCUGGAUGGCAUGAACCUUUCCGAUCUGAAAGUCUCCGUCGAGGAACUCACCAAGCGUCUCCGUCCCUUCCACCCUCCUCCGCCGCCCGUUCCCUUCGACGAAGCGAAGAACAUGGCUUCCUCCGAGUUCGAGGACGUCCCCCGGGAGACCUCCAGCUACUCCACCGUCCUGACCAUCCACGAGUCGAUACACUCGGAUGGUCGCAAGACCUACGAGGCUCACACUGGUCCCUUCGUGCCCUCCGGUGAGAUGGAAGCUCCCGGUGCCAUUGGAGAGAGCGAGGCCAUCAUUGAUGUCCCCCACAACUCCGGCACCACCUACAUGGAGCGUAUCCGCAACAACCGCACCAUGCACGCCAUUAGCACCAAGAGACGUCGCAGACUGAAGAUGAAGAAGCACAAGCUGAAGAAGCUGCGCAAGAGGACAAGGACCCUGAGACGGAAGCUUGAGAAGGCUUGA